GGCAGCCUCCUCGGCUUCGGUUUUUGAUAGCGACUGGAAAGACGCACAUGCCACCUUCUACGGAGACUUUAAUGGCGAUGGCUCAUACGGAGGGGCAUGUGCGUAUAGUGAGGAGGAGACGAAGGAUACAUAUGGUACAAACACGGCAGCAUUAAGCUUUCAACUGUUCCAGAAUGGAGAGUCUUGUGGGAACUGCUACACGAUCAAAUGUGUGAACUCUACGUGGUGCGUGAGCAGUGAGCCCAUCACCAUUACGGCCACUAACUCAUGCCCCCCAGACCCUUCUAAACCUAGCGACAACGGGGGUUGGUGCAACCCGCCUCGCCAGCAUUUCGACAUGUCCAUGCCCGCUUGGCUAACCAUUGGCUCUUACAGAGGCGGAAUCAUUCCUGUUAAGUAUAAGAGGGUCCCGUGCAGUCCUAAGAAUGGAGGAGUAAGAUUUACGAUAACAGGAGACAAUGAGAACUACAACUUCGUAGUGAUAUCAAAUGUGGGUGGAGCUGGAUCCCUUCUCAGUGUGGACGUCAAGGGUUCUGGGGAGUGGAUGAAGAUGACCAGAAACUGGGGACAAGAAUGGCAGACGAAUGACGGAAAGUUGCCUGCCAAUACGGCCUUGUCUUUCCGGAUCACCACCACAGAUGGAGAGAAUUUGGAGUUCACAAAUGCCGUCCCAGAUAAUUGGAAAGCUUCAUCUACAAAGACUUUCCCCACCCUUAUCCAGUUCUAACAACACUGCAUGCGUACCUACAAUAAAUCAGGGAUCCGAAUUAUCAACGAAUAAGCUAGAUCAGAAAGCCCCAUGCCGG